AAACGCCUGUGUCUGUGUGGACAAAUCGCGGUGACCUCACCAAGGCAACCCGCCUCGGUAACCAGCCAAUCGCGCACCAGCACCCAUGGAUUCAUCCAUGGGGCGGAGCUCCGUGAGUCUUCUGGUUGGGCUCCUGGUGCUGCGGUUCAACAGGUGCUUGGCGGUGGACGGCGGAGGCGGGGCGUUUCCGCUGGUGGUGAGCACCUGGCCGUUCCGGGAGGCGGUCAGGGCGGCGUGGGAUGUGGUCUCGGCCGGUGACGGAGGGGGUUCGGCCGUGGACGCUGUCGUCGCCGGCUGCUCCGCCUGCGAGGUGCUCCGCUGCGAUGGGACAGUUGGUCCUGGUGGAAGUCCAGAUGAGAAUGGUGAAACUACGCUAGAUGCUCUUAUCAUGAAUGGGGCAACAAUGGAAAUUGGAGCUGUGGCUGCCAUGAGAUAUGUUAAGGAUGGAAUUAAGGCAGCAAAGUUGGUAAUGGAGCACAGCUUGCAUACUCUGCUUGUUGGCGAGAAGGCAACAGACUUUGCAAUUUCAAUGGGCCUUCCAGGACCAAUUAAUCUAAGUUCUCCAGAGUCACUUGAGAAAUGGGCAAACUGGAGACAGAAUCACUGCCAACCCAACUUCUGGAAAAAUGUUGCUCCUGCCGGUAGCUGUGGCCCAUAUCGUCCUAUCAAUUUAGCACGAGCUUCGGACUCUGUAAAGCAUGAGGUAGAACAGAAUCAAGGAGGUGUUUGCCAGGAGUGGUUCCAAAGUGAUAGUUUACUGGAGCCAAUAAACUCCCAUUUGAAGUUUAUUGAUCACCACAACCAUGACACUAUCUCUAUGGCGGUGAUUGACAAGAUGGGUCAUAUAGCUGUUGGGACAUCAACCAAUGGUGCUACAUUUAAAAUUCCAGGAAGGGUCGGUGAUGGACCAAUACCAGGAUCUUCUUCAUAUGGUGAUGAUGAGGUCGGAGCUUGUGGAGCAUCUGGCGAUGGUGAUAUUAUGAUGCGCUUCCUUCCAUGUUAUCAAGUGGUCGAGAGCAUGAGACGAGGAAUGGAACCUCGGGACGCCGCCAUGGAUGCUAUAUCAAGAAUUGCCAGCAAAUUCCCAAAUUUCGUUGGUGCUGUAUUUGCAGUCAACAAGAAAGGAGUGCAUGCUGGGGCAUGCCGUGGUUGGACAUUCCAGUACUCGGUAAGGAAUUCCAGCAUGCAUGACGUGGAGGUCAUUACAGUAUAUCCUUAGCGGUGGCGGUUCCUGGAAAUCAAAAGCUCGCUUCGUCGGCAUUCAGAGUAUUUCACUCGUGGUGAUGGACAUUAUUUUCUUCAUUGAUGCUCACUGAUGAUGUAGCAAUGUUCUGUGUUGAUUGUUCCGAUAGUAUUGUUAAGCCGAUUGUUCUGAAACUGGGACCUUAUUAUAUGUAGCGCAUUGACCCUAGUUGUGUUUUAAAGUCAUUGAAAGGAGGCCUCCAAACCCCUCUUCCAUUGGAUCUGCCC